UGACGUCCCGAGCAGUGCUGGGAAGUAUAGGCUGUGUUGUCACGCCGGUGUCAGUCUGAUGAAGAUUGGCAUCAGGUGAAGUCUGGAGGAGGAUUCUGAGGCUUCCUGUCCUCCAUGCCGCUCACCAGAAAAGGAUCUGUGAACUGUGCUUUGGCGCUAGCUGACAGGAAGAAUUUCUGGCCCAGCUGGGAGUGAGAAGAGGGAGUGAGUCUCCUGAGGGCCAUCCUCGAGUCGCCAGGAUCACCCAAACAAUCCUCGAUGUGAAUCAAUCCCAUGAUGCAACAUGCCUCCCCAGCCCCUGCUCUGACGAUGAUGGCCACGCAGAAUGUCCCUCCCCCACCCUACCAGGACAGCCCGCAGAUGACAGCAACGGCUCAGGCUCCCUCGAAGACCCAGGCUGUCCACAUCUCCGCACCCUCAGCCACUGCCAGCACGCCGGUGCCCAGUGCCCCCAUUGACCCCCAGGCCCAGCUGGAGGCUGACAAGCGAGCUGUGUACAGGCACCCUCUUUUCCCGCUCCUGACGCUGCUGUUUGAGAAAUGUGAACAGGCCACCCAGGGCUCAGAGUGCAUCACCUCCGCCAGCUUUGAUGUGGACAUCGAGAAUUUUGUCCACCAGCAGGAGCAGGAGCACAAACCCUUCUUCAGCGAUGACCCAGAACUGGACAAUCUGAUGGUGAAGGCAAUCCAGGUCCUGAGAAUUCACCUGCUGGAAUUGGAGAAAGUCAAUGAACUCUGCAAGGACUUUUGUAACCGGUACAUCACCUGCCUCAAAACCAAGAUGCACAGUGACAACCUGCUCAGGAAUGACCUUGGGGGACCCUACUCCCCCAACCAGCCCUCCAUAAACCUUCACUCACAGGACCUCCUGCAGAAUUCCCCCAAUUCCAUGUCUGGAGUCUCCAAUAACCCCCAGGGGAUUGUGGUCCCAGCCUCAGCGCUCCAGCAGGGCAACAUCGCCAUGACAACCGUCAACUCACAAGUGGUGUCAGGUGGAGCCUUAUACCAGCCAGUUACCAUGGUAACCUCCCAGGGUCAGGUGGUCACCCAAGCAAUCCCCCAGGGAGCCAUCCAGAUCCAGAACACACAGGUUAACCUUGACCUCACCUCCCUCCUGGACAAUGAGGAUAAGAAGUCCAAGAACAAACGAGGAGUCUUGCCCAAGCAUGCCACCAAUAUAAUGCGUUCUUGGCUCUUCCAGCAUCUCAUGCAUCCCUACCCUACGGAGGAUGAGAAGAGGCAGAUUGCGGCCCAGACAAACCUCACCCUCUUGCAAGUAAAUAACUGGUUCAUCAACGCCCGGAGGCGCAUCCUGCAGCCCAUGCUUGAUGCCAGCAACCCAGACCCUGCCCCUAAAGCCAAGAAGAUCAAGUCACAGCACCGGCCCACCCAAAGAUUCUGGCCCAACUCCAUUGCUGCGGGCGUGCUGCAACAGCAGGGCGGCGCCCCGGGGACGAACCCGGAUGGUUCCAUCAGCUUGGACAACCUGCAGUCCCUGUCCUCAGACAAUGCCACCAUGGCCAUGCAGCAGGCCAUGAUGGCCGCACAUGACGACUCGUUGGAUGGGACAGAAGAGGAGGACGAGGAUGAGAUGGAAGAGGAGGAGGAAGAGGAGCUGGAGGAGGAGGCCGACGAGCUUCAGACAACAAAUGUCAGCGACCUGGGCUUGGAACACAGUGACUCCCUGGAAUAGUUGGCAGCCCAGAUGGCACUGGUCACCGAGCAGGACAGGAGUGUCGUCAGGAGGGUUCCAGGGUGGGGGGGAGGGGGGCACGGGCAGGCAGCGCCAAGGAAGUUGGGCCCUAGCUUCCCCAAAUCAGUAGCUUGAAGAAAUGCUGAGGAGACCCCUGCUCCUUCCCAACUCCCAGGCUUCCGUGAGCGCCCACGCCCCACUUCCCUAGACCUGCAGAGGACUCCGUUUGCGGGGCCGGCCACGCAGCCUACGCGGAAAGGCAGGAGUGAGAGCUGGACUCACGAAUCCCUGAGGACAGAUGGCACCCAUGCCUCUGCCCAAACUGAAGGACUUGAGAUGUUUACAAGCCCUGCGCUGUGAGGCGGAGCGGUGCUGUUCAGAGUGAGCCUCGCCAGGGACAGAGUCAGGAGGAAAGGGAGGGUCAAGGGGGUCUGGGUUCCACCCCCAUGAGGUUCUCAGCUCCUCGACAGACAUUCAAGGGCAAGAGCCCAGACUCAUCACCAGUGGCUGUAGCAGAGGGGGAGGCCCUGAGGCAUCACAUCUUGCAGAUUGGAGUGGGACCCAGGCCCCCGAGGGUUCUGGCUCAUUCUUCCAAGGACCUGUCUCAGGCACGAGCAAUCAUGGACUUGGAAGAGAGGGCAGGAGCCCCCACAGCCACCUUCUCUCUCUCUCUCUCUGUCUCCUGGAAAGGAAUGGUACUCUGGCAAGGCUCAGAUUGUAAGGCGUUAAGAGGAAUCCCUUCCCCUGGGUCGGUUCCAGGACCCAAGGAGAUGGCAGAACCUGAGCUAGGAGCCAUAUCAAGGUGACUUUGGGGACCACAGCCAUCCCUAGGUGGUCACAGAACUCAGCUCCUGUAGCAACAGGACAAUGGUGUCUUAUCCCAGAUGUUCCAGCCCUCAAAUGGAGCUCCUCAGAUGUCCCAGCCCUCAGCCCCCCAUGGCUGUCCCCCUGCUCCUGGGCUGGCAGAGCAGCCCCCAUUCUCUCUUCAUUCUAUCCUUCAGAGAAGGCAGAAGAAACAUUGGAAAGAAGCAUCCAGUCCAAUGGGAAGCCAGGGGUUGGAGAAGGUGCUACAUCCCUCUUCCCAUCAGCAUCCAAAGUGUGGGCAAGGGCCCAGAGAAAUGGUGCCCCAGAGCCAAGUGGUGCCCCUCCCCCACACCCCUUGAUGAUCUCCCCCGACCCCACCACGACACACAGCACUGGAGGAACUGGGGCUCCCUCAAGGAGGAGGUUUGCCACCACCUGCCCUGACUCCCACCCUCCUACCCCAACUUCCAGGCCCCCGUGACUGGCACCCCUCCUCCCCUCCCACCCCUUGGCUGUGAAUGACAGGACUGCUGACACGUGUGUUUUCCAUUGGAUUUAAUUUAAUGGACUUGCAGUUUCACUUGUAAAUCAUGCAUUGGCCAUCUCCUUCCGUGGCAGGAUGCAAGUGGCCACCUGGCUCAAGCUGAGGGGACCCUCAGGGCCUUCUGGGGCUUCCCCUCCCCCACCUGGUUGGGGUGGAGCAAAAGGGUGGCCGCUCUCCUGAGGUCUCCCUGAAAUGAAUGUAUUUCUCCCCCAAAAGAGCUGAUAUUUAAUGUUUUAAUAGGGAUUUUUGAGAAACAAAUAACCUUAUUUAUAAUCUGGGUGAUCCAAUCAUUUUUUACUCCCUUUUGAUGCCAUAAGUAGAGGAAAGUCUAGCUUUUUUGGCGUGAGACUUUUGCAAUGUGCAGUGGGAUAAAAUACAUUUCCUUUUCUGGUUCAUUUUUCUUGUUCUAUUUCUCUCUCUCUCUCUCUCUCUCUCUCUCUCACACACACACACACACACACUCACUCUUUCUCCUACCACUUCGAACAGCAACCCACCCAGCACAGGCACACCUGCACACAUGCCCACACAUCCUCUUCCCAGCCCCUCCACCUGCCUAAUGUUAUGCAACCUCCUUCUGAUGUAUCCACCAAACCAGUACUGAAUGUGGCCGAGAAGUUUUCAGUAAAUCUUAUUACCUACCAUCA